AUGGAGAAGGCCACCCUGUACACUGUGGAUAGCCGUAGCCCCGUCGUCCACCACAGUCGCGAGGUCAUGAAGAUUGCGGUCCGCCAGAAGACAGACGUCGUCCGGGCGCUCGAGCGCCACGAUGAGAACGCCAACCUCCGCUGCCAGUACGACCACAAGCGCCGGAAUAAGUUCGCUGCGAAGGCUAUUCGCGAGUACGCCGCGGCGCAGUGCGCGCUCGACGGCGAACAGGAGUCGCUCCUCGAGCUGCGAGCCGCCCUUAACAAGUUGGCGGCUACUCCACCUUCCCUCGCCGUUUUCACUCUUUUCGUCUUCCCCCACGACCAACUCCGAUACGGCCUCACCAACCUCGUUACCACGAAGAGCGAGCGUGUCGACCUCAUUGACACCAUUGUCUCGUUCUCCCCACUCCUCGAGGCGUUCAGCGGAUCCGAGCCCAAGGACGUUGGCAUGAAGUUCAGAUCCGAGGCUGGUGACGACAACGUCGUCCCCGCCAAGCGCCGCCGCGACGAGGAUGAGGAGGAGGGCACUCGUCCCUUCAAGCUUUUCGCCAACACCGUGUCGGCUGCGCUUGAGCCCACAAUGGCCGCGAUCAAGCGCAGUCAGACAAGCCAUGAGCAAGAUCGAGCCGGCCGAGACCGCCUUCGAGAGUGA